AAUUUUUCUUUUUUUUUCUAGCUUUUAAUCUAGACAACGAGCAACCAGAUUAUGAUAUGGAUUCAGAAGAUGAGACCUUGUUAAAUAGACUUAACAGGAAGAUGGAAAUUAAGCCUUUGCAAUUUGAAAUUAUGAUUGACAGACUUGAAAAAGCCAGCUCUAAUCAGCUUGUAACACUUCAAGAAGCAAAACUGCUGCUAAAUGAAGAUGAUUAUCUUAUUAAAGCUGUAUAUGACUACUGGGUGAGAAAACGUAAAAACUGCAGGGGGCCAUCCCUCAUUCCACAGAUCAAACAAGAAAAAAGAGAUGGGUCUACUAACAAUGACCCUUACGUUGCCUUUCGAAGGAGAACAGAGAAAAUGCAAACUCGAAAGAAUCGUAAGAAUGAUGAAGCUUCUUAUGAAAAGAUGUUGAAACUGAGACGAGAGUUUAGUAGAGCCAUAACAAUUUUGGAAAUGAUUAAGAGAAGAGAGAAAACAAAACGAGAAUUAUUGCACUUAACCUUAGAAGUUGUGGAAAAAAGAUAUCAUUUAGGAGACUAUGGAGGUGAAAUCCUUAAUGAAGUGAAAAUCAAUAGAUCAGAAAAAGAGUUAUAUGCCACUCCAGCAACUCUUCAUAAUGGAAAUCAUCACAAAGUCCAAGAAUGUAAAACUAAGCACCCUCAUCAUUUGUCUUUGAAAGAAGAGGCUUCUGAUGUGGUUCGUCAAAAGAAGAAGUACCCAAAAAAGCCUAAAGUGGAGGCUUUGGUAACAUCUCAGCAGCCCAUUCCUGAGACAUUGCCUGUGAUCAGUAAAAGUGACAUUAAGCAAUAUGACUUUCACAGCUCAGAUGAAGAUGAGUUUCCACAGGGUUGUUGGAGGUAUAUUGGAACCUCAAACAAAUGCCUUUCUCCCCUGGAUGACCCUGCUCAGUGGUAAUUACCACAGUUUGGAAAUAAUGUGGAGAAAAUAUUUUUCCUCUCAAAAUAGGAAGAGAGGGAUUUGUGAGGUUCAAAAAUGCAAGUAAAUAUGGUUGAGCCAGCGUUUGUCAGAAAAAGAGAUGUACUACAAAAUGAAAU